AUGGUGCUUGCUACCAUUGCAAAAGGAAGCUCCCUGACCAGGGUCGCUUUCGUUUUUGCUCAAUUGCGUGCAAGGUAUUGCAUCAGAAGUGGGGAGCACUACAACCACAAUAUUCUCACUAUUUACAGGCUUGUUUACCAAAAUGUUGUCCCUCUAAGUGAGAUGAAAGAAUACAUUGACUGUGACAAAAUUCAGCCCUACAAAUGCAACAAGAAAUGGGUUGUGUCGUUGACUCCGCUGCCGCACAACGGGUCGGGUUCACUAAUUGAGGGCGAUGGCGCUUGCUGCCUUUGCAAAAGGAAGCUCACUAACCCGGAUCGCUUUCGUUUUUGCUCGAUUGCGUGCAAGGUUCAAACUGAUGUAGGAGAUGGUAGGGUUGAGCUCUAUGUGAAGCCAGAGGUUGUGCAGAAGCCCAGUCGUAAGCGCGGGAGGAAGGGAGUGCCGCACCGAGCACCUUUCUUAUAA